CUGGAAAUGGAGAGCUUCCACACCAGAUUCAGUGCCUGGACACCUUUCAGCAACAAGUCACUAAAUAGACAGCUCUUUCAGGAAAGAGUUGUUCUUAUAACUCAUUGGUUUGACCUCUGGACUAACAAGCAACGUCAAGAAUUCCUACUCGCAAUUAUUUUCCGGUGCAAUAAAUCACAAUUAAGGUUUAUUCAAGAAUGGUUUUCAGAAAGGACACAAGUGGCCAAAGUGGAUUUCUCUACAGUGUUACCACGCUUCCUUUCUCUGUAUAUCUUUUCAUUUCUGAAUCCAAAAGAUUUGUGUGCAGCUUCGCAAGUCAGCUGGCCCUGGAAGUUCCUAACGGAACAGGAUUGCUUAUGGAUGCCCAAAUGCAUUAAGUUUGGAUGGUUUCUGCCAUACACACCAACAGAUCAUGAAUAUGGUGCUUGGAAGCACCAUUACAUUGCCUGUGUGUCCAGUUUAGAUUGGCUGACGCCUAGGGAGGCCACUGCUAUUUAUGGGACACUGAACGAACCCAAAGCAGAAGAUGAAGAGCUACAGGAGAGACAAAGAGAAAAGUACCUAAGGAAAAUAAUUUGGGAGAAAAUUGCACUUCAAAAGAAGGAGUUAUUCAGAGUUCGACCCCCUUGGGUGAGUGGAACAAGCUGCUCCAGAUUGUUAAAAUCCAAAUGCCAACCACGUCUCUCCCAGACUGUAAGGGAUCGAGUGGGAUUACCCGAAGCUUGGGAGAAGCAGCUUGUUUUGACAUCAUUAGAAACUUUGCCCAGGCGACACAAUGUUUCUUGGAGCCAUUCUUACCCUUCCUUAUCAAAGAAUUGGCCUGGUGUUAGCAGACAUGGUGACGGCUCCUCAGAUGCUCCCCGGCCACGCUUCAUAUUAAUAUCAUCUCGGAUUCCUGCAUACGAGAUGGUGGUGGACAGCGUGAAGGCAAACGUCAUUGCUGUGGUGUAUGAACACAGUGGCCUAACCUUGGAGAGCCUGCUUUAUCUCGUGGAAAAAGCUCUGGCUGGGCAGAAGGCCCAGAGUAUGGGGAUAUUUAGUGAUGGAGACAGCAGACAGAUCAACUUGCUCCAAGGCUAUAACAUUGGCAUUAAAAAUUUACUGAGUCCUGAAGUGAGAGACUUCUGGGAGAAAUUAGGAAGCCACGUGGCCACAAAAGAAGAAGGGGGUCAUAUGGACUUCUUCCUGCCGCUUGGAGCAUCAGAGGCAGGAAUCCAAGUUCUUUCUCAGCUGUCUCAACUAACUGGCACAUUCUUCACCGCCCCCACUGGGAUCGCAACUGGCUCUUACCAACACAUUCUUAGCGACUGGCUGGGCCCGCAGGGAGAGAGGGCUCCCCCGGAGAUCUACUUCUGUGAAUCAAAGCUACAGACGUGGUCCAGCCUCACGGACUUCCUGGAAGACACCUUGAAAUCAGUAAGGAAGCAGUUAAGUCCUCUCUUCAAGGAGCUGCAGAAGAGAAUAAGUGGCAGAAUCAUAGGGCAGUUCAUGUUUGACGCCAUGAGUGUGGCCAGCAUCCUGAAUAACCAAGAAAUGAUACAAGUUCUGGCAGAGGGACUGAUGGAGCUAUCGAAAGAAGAUCCUGGAGAAGAUGGUGUAGAAGGUGAUUCUCCACAUACGAAGUCAAGUCUCAGCAAGAAUGACCUGAAUUUGGAGGCACUGGUUAAGCUGGAGAGAAAACUCCCAAUAGACUCAGCAGAAAAGCGAACGAGGGUGGUCAGGGAACUCUUACAGAGUGAGAGGAAAUACGUGCAGGUUCUGGAAAUCGUGAGAGACGUUUACGCAACACCACUGAAAGCAGCAUUAUCAUCCAACAGAGCAAUUCUCAGCACUGCCAACAUCCAGAUCAUUUUCUCGGAUAUUCUGCGGAUUUUAAGCCUCAACAGGCAAUUUCUGGAUGACCUGAGACACCGGUUACAGGAGUGGGGCCCAGCUCACUGUGUGGGGGACAUAUUCAUAAGGUUUGGAAGCCAACUGAACACAUAUACCAACUUCUUCAACAAUUACCCUGUCGUGCUGAAAACUAUUGAGAAGUGCAGAGAAACAAUACCAGCAUUCCGAGCUUUCCUAAAGAGGCAUGACAAAACCAUUGUUACGAAAAUGCUGAGCCUGCCAGAGCUGCUUCUGUACCCAUCACGAAGGUUUGAAGAAUAUACUCAUCUUCUCUACGCUCUGCGGCUUCAUACCCCUGCAGAACACGCUGACCGAGGGGACCUGACCACCGCCAUCAACCAGAUCAAAAACUACAAAGCCUACAUAGAUGAGGUGAAGAAAAACAUCAACAUGAAAGAUCAGCUCUCAGAUCUGACGAGAAUGAUCGUGGGGUGCCCUACUCUGUCAGAGGUAAACAGAUAUCUGAUUAAGGUCCAAGAUGUAGCCCAACUUCACUGCUGUGAUGAGGAAAUAAGUUUCUCUUUAAGGCUCUAUGAACACAGCCAUGAUCUCAGCCUUUUCCUCUUCAACGAUGCACUGCUCGUUUCUAGUCGGGGCACAUCUCACACUCCCUUUGAAAGGACUUCCAGCACAACCUACCAGUUCAUGGCGUCAGUGGCCCUUCAUAGGCUACUCAUAGAAGAUAUUCCAGAUUCCAAGUAUGUCAAGAAUGCAUUUAUUCUUCAAGGUCCAAAACGUGAAUGGAUUUGUGCCACAGAGGGAGAGGAUGACAAAUUCCUAUGGUUGUCCGUUCUCCAAAAUGCAAUUAGAAGUAGUAUGAAGAGAUCUGAGAAGACAAAGGGGACAAAAAAGCACAACCUUCAUUUCCUACCUUUAAAUUCUCCCCACUCUCAGCUAUUUCUAACAUGGAAAGCAAGAAGCAGCAUCUUUUCCUUAUCAGCACAGCUUACCCUUACUCAUUUGGUGUCAGUGGUACAUUGUUUUAAUUAUUCUUUUUCUGUAAAAUCACCUAAGUUAAAGUUAAGUAGUUUAGAGCAAGCUUUAGCAGCUUUUCUGUGCAUGGCCAGACAGUAUUUCAAGCUUUGCAUGCCAAUUUCUGUUGCAUAUUCUAUUUAUUUCAUUUGUCUUUUCCUCUAUUCUAUCCUUUUUACUUUCUUCGCUUUUUUACAAAAAAAGUAAGAGUCAUUCUCAGCUCAUGGGUCAUACGAAAACAGGCCAAAGGACUAAUCUGGCCUGGGAGCCUUAAUCAACUGCCUCUUGGUCUAGAACAACCACAGUCACAGUAUCAGUUACACUCGACACUGCCAACUUCAAAGAUGUCUGCUUGCUCCAGGGUUUGCAACGAGGUGAAAAUGGAAUUGGAACGGAACUUAAUAAUAAAAUGAGAAAAGUAGAAAGAAUAUUCUACCCAUUCAUAAAUGAGAAAGCUCUCAAAGAGAAAAAAAAUCCGUGCUCAAAUAGAGCCCUACUCUGAUCAUAAUUUCUUUCAGUUUGAUAACUGCUUUCUGUUCCUAGUAAGGAAAUGCACUUAGAA